UUUCCGCAACUAAAAGGUUUCAUAUUUGGAGAAGAAACUAACACCUUUACCCUCUCUAAUGGAGAAAUUGUAACAAUAGAAAUUGGACCGACUCCUGUAGACACGGCCCACAUGCUAUCACGAUUAUUGGACUCAAAAUUGGCCGGGGUCCUAGCCGAGACUAUCCACAAAGAAAUGAAGACAUUUUUGAAGGAGGAAGACAGAGAGAAAGUCAAACUCCUCAAAUAUUUGGACGAAAGACAAUUGGGAGUCUGGAUUGACCCCUUAGAUAGCACAAAUGAAUAUGUGAGAGGUGUUACCGGUUUCAGUAGUGAUGGACUCUAUUCCCAAUCUAUUCACUGCGUCACAACCCUCGUGGGCGUGUUUGAUCGUAUCACAGGGAAACCACUAAUUGGUGUUAUCAAUCAGCCAUUUUAUUCUACUGAUAGUGAGGGGGUGUGGUGUGGAUGGAGCUUGUGGGGAAUCAGUGAGGAAGGUUUAAUUGGAAUGUCCUCACCUCUGACCCCUGUCAGGAAAGGUGACAAUUUAACUAAAAAAAUCUGUUUGGUAAGCAGCAGUGAAGAUUCUCACUUACUUGAUAAAAUUAAUGCAAGUGCUGAAUGGAGAACAAUCAAUGUAUCUGGGUGUGGCUACAAGCUAUUAUCUGUUAUUACUGGUCUUGCUAAUGCUUACGUAUUGAGUAAGGACUCUUCCUUUAAAUGGGACACUUGUGGACCUCAUGCGAUACUACUAGCAAUGGGAGGGAACCUGGAGCCUUUUGUAAGGCAGGGAGGAGGAGGUGAAGUGUUGUAUCAUUGCCAUGGUGAAGGAGAGGGAAGCAAAUGUUGGGCAAACAAGGACGGGAUUAUUGCCUAUGUAUCUAAGGAUAUUUUGAGCUCUUUACUCUUUGUAAUAGACUAAUGAUGAGGAUU